AUGGAUCAAUACAUCAGGGACAUUGGAAAUGUUGAGCAGAGAGAUCAAGAGAGUCUACCUGAAGCUUCAAAGUGGUUGCAAAAGAUGAUCAGAAGAUGUCCACACCACAACAUUACUCAACAGAGACUUGCCCAUAUUUUCUAUGGUGGAGUGUCCUCACACAAUAGGACAGGUUUAGAUGUUGCUUGUGAGGGGGAUAUGAGGAUUAUGAAGAAAGGUAUCAACCAGGUAGAGAAAGAUAAUCCCCUAACUGAGUUGGGAAAGCAGAUGCAAGCUCUAACACUGAAGAUUGAGACACUCAUGAUAGCUCAAGCUCAAAAGCAAGAGGACUCUGAGGAGAAGGAAUGCUCUUUCCCAAAAGCUGCAGAUUAUGUCCUUACUAAGAAGAACCAAACACCUAAGAAAGUUGAGGUUCCUACUGAUGGGAAUCUAGUGCUAAUGAAGGAAGGGGGUGAAAAGAAGGAGAUAUUGACAUAUCCACAAUGUUUCGCUGUGGUCCUUAGAAAACUUCCCCCUAAGAUGAAAGACCCCAAUAAAUUUACUAUUCCUUGUUUGAUAGAAGGGUUUUACUUUGAUAAGUGCAUAUGUGAUUUGGAGGCUCGUAUAAAUUUGAUCCCUUGUUCCAUACUUAAGAAGUUGGGCAUCACAAACUUAGAACCUAGUAACAUCACUCUUCACCUUGUUGAUCAUUCAGUUAUCUAUCCUAGAGGGGUGAUUGAGGAUGUGCUGGUUAAGGUGGACAAGUUCAUCUUUUCGGCUGAUUUUGUUAUUUUAGAUAUGGAAGCUGAUGAGAAUGUCCCUAUCAUAUUGGGAUGA